AUAUUUGUAUUUAACUGCAGAAAGCUCAAUCUUCUUUUCACCCAAACCACGUAUUGCAGGAAAUAAAAAAAGGGGGAUUAUGGUACGGUUCACCGUCGAGCUUGUAUUUACCAUCGAAAACUAUGGAUGCGAACAGUUUCGUACACCAGAAUUUAGUUUAAUCUUGCACAAUCUGGCGAAAACUUAGGAACCUUGUUUAGUGUAAAAGGGAAUUUCUCUGGUGAACAGUUAAGGGACGCAUUUCGCGUAUAUUUUGAGUAUGUUCAUGAAAUAGGGAAGAAGAGAUAACUGUGGAUUGCUUCGUCUGUCGUUCACCAACACCGCCCCCUCUCCGUCGUUCUUGAAAACGCAUGGAGAAAGGGAGAUAAUCGUAAAUAAAAUUGAUUGAAGUGUGUGUAUGUGUGUGUUUACGUCUGUGUGUGUGUGUGUGUGUGUCCCGGUCUUUGUGCGAUGUCGGUUUACACCAAGUAAUAAACACGACCGUUUCUCUAAGCAAUGGUCAGUUUCUAUCGGCAAACUUCCGAUUUCCUCUGUAAUCAGAUUUUCAGCAGACCAUUCGAUGUUUUCCUUGUAAAGAUGAUCGGUUUUCUUCUCCGUAAGAUCUACAAUUUCCUCAUGAAAGCCCCUCGGGAACUACUGAUGCAAAAACAUGUAGUGUUGCCUCCCAUGGACGUUAAAGUUGUCUGUACACACUCUGAAUGGAAUUCUGUUUAUCGCACACUUUUGGAACAGUGUGAAAGCAUCCCGGUGCUGGGAUUAGAUGCUGAAUGGAUUAGUAGAUUUGGUCGGAGAUAUCCUGUAUCCUUGCUACAAUUAGCAGGUAAAGAUGGCCUUUGUGUUCUCAUUAGACUGAACUUGUUGCCAAAACCUUUCCCAGCUUCGUUAAAAAGUUUGUUGGCUGAUUCAAGCUGGUGCGCCAUCAAUGACACAAGGAGUGAUGUUGAGUGGUUGACAUCAGCAAGCUCUCCUCUAAUUAACCUUGAUGUAACUCACAGUCAAGAUGAAAAGCCUCAAGACAAAUCUGCUUUCAAGAAAAAGGACAGUCUCAGAGCUCACAGCCUCAGAGCUUACAACCUGCGUCGCAAUCCACUUUAUGACAACUGCCAGCUUCUGGCACCCGACAACCAAAUAUUGUGUACCUGUGAUUCCCGUAAAGCUAAAUGGUACCUUCACAAAGGACUUGGAGAACUGGUCAGUGAGAAUCCUUUGGUCAUCCGGCUGAACUUUGAACCCUCUGGGAGGCCACUCAACGAUGAAGGUUAUUAUCAACAGGAGAAGGAGAACAUAUGCGUUGUUUGUGGAAAACCAGAGAAUUACCUCCGGAAGAAUAUCAUUCCCCAUGAGUAUCGCAAGUAUUUUCCUUCCAUAAUGAAAGACCAUGUGUCACACGAUAUUCUCCUCAUGUGUCCUACAUGUCACCAGAAGGCCUGCCUCAGUGAUGUCACUCUCCGGCAGAAACUGGCUGAGGAAUGUGAUGCCCCUUUGACCGCUGGUACUGUCAACAAAUCUCUUAUUGAUGUCGACUUGGCUAAGAUACGGUCAGCUGCUAAAGCGUUAAUGACAAAGAGUCACAAAAUUCCUGACAAUCGGCUAAAAGAGUUGCAUGAAUUCCUGAAGAGAAGUCUUGGAGUGGAGGAACUGACCGUAGAUGUUCUAGAGAAAUCGGUCAAUAUGGAUGUCAAGAUCAAUAAUCCUGAUUACAGUCCGCAUGGGCACCAGGUCAUUGAAUACAUGAGACGGAAGAAGCAACUGCUAGAAUUCCAGCUACGAUGGCGCCAGCAUUUCAUCGAUACAAUGAAACCCGCUUAUCUGCCGGUGAAAUGGGCAGUGGAUCACAACCAUAAACAUUUGGCCCCUCUUUUGGACGAAGAGAUCCCGAAAUUCACCAAAAAAAUGUCCAAGGCAAAAUCAUCAAAGUCAAGUGCAAAAUCAAAGUCUAAAAAAUAACUGCAACAUAAGCCACAGCAACAAAGCCAUGACACGAACUGCAUGAACACCACUUGGACUGCGAUUAAUCAGAAACAUCUACAGUUACGCCAUCAACUGUAACACUAACAGCAACAACAAUGAGAACCACAUAAUGGCAACAACAUUUUCAGUGCAGCUACAAUAUCUUAGUUCCAACCACAAAGAUACAAACCCACUGCUGACCCCAUCAUUGUGACCACCACCACCACCACCACCAUAAAUGCCUUCAUCAAAGAAUGUAAGCAACUAGAAAUAAUAAUAAUAAUAAUAAUAAUAAUAAUAAUAAAUGGCAAAAAUUAACUGAAA